AUAACCUUAGUCGAUUUCGUCCGCCUUUUCAAUUAAAAAGACCAUUUAUUGUAUAAGCAAACCAAAAUGACCGAUAUAUUUGAUAAAUUACGUCUUCGGUGAUAGGUUUCUCUUCCGCAAUUGGCAUAUUAUCACGACUAAAUGUACGUUAGAGUAAGAGUAUCUUUGCUUGAUGUAUUAAUUCAAUACAUUAUUUAAUUAGAAUUUCAUACGGAUGGAUUUGAACGGAUUUUGUAAUAUCUUGUUGAUUAACUUUUGGACUUGGAUGUAUUGGACUUUGAAACAUUUUGUAAAGAACUGAAUAAAGAACACAGAACUAUCAAUAGAGUUAUCUGUAUACGAGUUAUAACGCAACAAUUGUAUUACGGACUAUAUUUUAAGCAAUUAAAGCCGUGUUGUCAGUGAAAUUUGUCGAUGUCAUUGUUAUUUCAUGAAAUUUGUAUAUAUCGUCCGCAGAUUCCUUCUUUGUAUUUAUGUCCGCAAAUCCAUAUAGAUUUUCUUUAGUAAGCAUAAAAGGAUGUGUCUUCCACUGGGUGCAGUCUGUGUGGCGGAAAGUACAGGAGUUAGGCCUAGCCACCGCCUACCGAAACAACCAGGCCAUCCACCAGUAUGUUCGGCAGUUGAUGGCGUUGCCGUUCCUGCCUGCCGGAAACAUAACUGAGACGUUCCACCAUCUUCAGGCCCGUGCAAACUCCGUCCAACUGACGCAGCUAGUGGACUACGUCAAUCGUCAAUGGAUAAACAACGCCAUCUUUCGGGUGGAAGAUUGGAGCGUCUUCAGGCGUUCGAUUAGAACAAAUAAUGAUGUAGAAGGCUGGCAUCAUCUACUCAACAGCCAGGCACAUCAUGGCGCAGUGCCCUUCUAUGUGCUGGUACCAGCCCUGCGCAAGGAAGCCGAGUUGGUGGACAUCAGCGUGCAGUCUUCCAAUCUGGAUCGUGAGCAGCGUUCAUCAACCGUCAACGCACGCCUGGAAGAAUACUGGACAAAGUAUUCGAAUGGUGAAGUGUCCACUUCCACCUUUUUGAAGACUGUUUCACACUUGUAUGGACCAUCUGAGUGAAUGAAAAUAUAAGACAUGUGUUAAGCUGUUACAUAGUGUGUUGUGUUAAUUGUACACUGUAUUUGUUUCAUGUACAUAUUUGUAAGAUUUAUAUGUAUGGUUUGAUUAAUGUAAAUGUGUUGCAUAAUGUGUUCAUUGUAUUAUACUUUAUUCUGUAUUGUUGUUCUGUUCACUGUAUUUGUUUCAUGUACAUAUGUAUUGAUUAAUGUUAAGGUGUAACAUAAGGUUUUCAUUAAUUAAUAUAAUAAACAAUAUGAGAAAAUUA